CGAGUUAGAAACUAUAAAACCACAUCCCUCCCAUUGAAUCGCAAUUGCAUUGCUCUUCUCACCCGACUGCAACAUCUUUCGAAUCAUCUUUAAGAUCCAAUAAAGAUAUGAGCUGUUCCGACUGCAACAUAUGUUUGGAAACAGCAAGCGAUCCUAUCCGCACAUCAUGUGGCCACCUGUACUGCUGGCCUUGUCUCAACCAAUGGAUACAAUCCACCAUAGUCCAGUCGAAGGAAAGACACACAUGCCCGGUGUGUAGAAGAGAUCUGACGGAGAUGGAUCUUACACAGAUCUACAGCCGCAGUGGGAACAGCAAGCGAGCCUAUGAGGAGUUAGGGUUAGCGGUGCAACCGAGAUCAGAUGAGUCUUUUGAGGUGGAGAUGGGUGAGAAUCCCAGGUGGGGCCCGGCAGGGCGACUCCAUGAAGACACCCAAGAAGAGAAUAUAGAAUCAGAUGAUAUCCCUGUCACCUCGGAAGUCAUACAAGCGAUGAGUGUGGUGCUUGAAUAUGUUGCGGGACGAGUCGAAAACAGGCGGGGUGGGGCUAACAUGCAAGGGGAAUGUGAAGAUUCAGUUCUAAUAAAUAUCAUGAACGUGCAAGGAGAAGAUAGAGAUUUUAUAAUCAAUCUCAAAGAUUUCAUACGAUGGAUGAGGCGUGGGGAAGAUAGAGAUUCAGCGCAAAUCAAUCUAGUGGACCUACUCCGAUGGACGAGUGAAGUACUUGAAAAUUCUGUUGUUCGGUGA